AUGGCUGUUCGUGGCACAUCCUUGCUGCGCCAGUCCAGGUUUCUGCUGGAACAGGUUCCCGAUGUCUUCGCGACAUUUGGUUGGGAAAGGCGUCUGACUGUUAUCCAUCAUCCCGGGGUGAUGGCAAUUUCCAAACUCUUGGACCAGAGGACCGUGGUCAGACCUAGAGCCACCUUCAAUCAAGAGCUCGUGGAGGAAAUAGGCGAUUAUGACGAGGACUUGCAAAGGAAGGCGCAGGUAGCCCUGGACAACGGCUUGGCUAUCGAGUGGCGUGUGCUCGACUUCAUUGACGAUGAGCUUCCUCGCCUCCUCGCUGAGAAACGCGAGAUAGAGAAAGCAAGAGAGCAGGUAAUGAGCAAAGCUCCUGGAGACUACACUCAACCUGUGUUCGACUCCUCUGUGGUUGUGCCGACUCCUGCUAACCUCGGCCGUAACUACCCUACAUUGAAUGUCCCUGAUGGAGAUCCAACUGAGAGUGCUCCUCUGAAUGUCGGAGAGGAGCGAAAGCCAGAAGGGGAAGUUCCGGACCGCAGACGAAGAUAUGAGUGCUUCGAUAUAUGUGUGGUUGUUGGCGUAUUAGUGGCAUUCUGA